GCGGCCCCAGUUCAGACGCGUCGGCGAGGCAGAGCAGAGCGGGUUCCUGCUUCAACAGUGCUUGGACGGAACCGGCCGCGCUCGCGCCCGCCUCCCGCACAGCAGCGCCAUGGCGACGCCCCCUUCCCAGGUGCGCCAGAACUACCAUCAGGACUGCGAAGCGGCCAUCAACCGCCAGAUCAACCUGGAGCUCUACGCCUCCUACGUGUACCUCAGCAUGUCCUACUAUUUCGACCGUGAUGAUGUGGCUCUAAAAAACUUUGCAAAGUACUUCUUGCACCAGUCCCAUGAGGAACGUGAGCAUGCUGAGAAACUGAUGAAGCUGCAAAAUCAGAGAGGUGGGCGUAUCUUCUUGCAGGACAUCAAGAAGCCAGAUCGUGAUGACUGGGAGAAUGGGCUGACCGCAAUGGAGUGCGCUCUGCACCUGGAGAAAAAUGUGAACCAGUCGCUGCUAGAACUGCACAAGUUGGCAACUGAAAAGAAUGACCCACAUUUGUGUGACUUCAUUGAGACUCACUACCUGGAUGAGCAAGUGAAAGCCAUCAAAGAGCUGGGUGACCAUGUGACCAACCUGCGGAAGAUGGGUGCGCCAAAAUAUGGCAUGGCAGAGUACCUGUUUGACAAGCAUACCCUAGGGGACAGUGACAAUGAGAGCUGAAGUCUUGCCAAGAGCCACCCUGUUAGUUUCAGGGUGGGACUUCUACCUUGCUGCCCAGCAGUGUAUGCAUCUUCAGCUAUCUAGAUAAACAGUUCUCAUGCUGUACCAAAUAUCAUCCUGUUUCUCUUGUGUUUUGUGUACUGCUUUCCAUCCAAUAAAGUGACUUGGUUCAA